UUUUUCAGAUUUUCAAAAUCGGUUCGGUUCUGGUCUAAUUUGAUUGCAGUUUAUUUCCUACAUGAUGCGAAUUUGAGAUAAGGUUGCACUGGUAAUUUGACGUAAAAGGGUUAGACUGGUAAUUUAAUAGUAAGUGGAUAGGAUAACACUGCUGAUUUAUUCUCUCUCGAGCUUCUUCUUAGUUCGGACUCUCCUCUGAGCUUAGAGCUAUCGGCGAAAAACAACAUGGCUUCUCCCUCAGCGACGCUUUCUCUGUGCUCUGCUUUCUCUGCUCAUUGCAGUGUCGCUCCACCGCGCUCCCUCUCUAAGCCUUCAUUGAGUCUGGCUAGACCUGCAAUUGGGUUUCUUUCUACUUCCGCUGCGUCUACGUCUCGACCCGCGUUCCCCGCCGCUCCGAAAUUCGCCGAAUCAGCCGUCGUGGCUGAACCGGAGACUACCGAUAUUGAAGCUGUGGUGGUCUCAGAGGAUAAGCCUAAACGAGAAGAGAUCUUCGCCGUUGUUAUGGUUGGUGGACGCCAAUACAUUGUUUUCCCAGGGAGAUAUCUCUACACUCAGCGGCUCAAAGAUGCUAAUGUUGAUGAUCAGAUUGUUUUGAACAAAGUGUUGCUUGUCGGCACAAAGACACAUACUUACAUCGGCAAACCGGUUGUUACCAAUGCUACUGUGCAUGCUGUUGUGGAAAAUCAAGGUCUGAAUGAUAAAGUAGUCGUCUUCAAGUACAAGCCCAAGAAGAAAUACCGCAGAAAUAUCGGUCACCGACAGCCAAAUACGAGGAUUAGGAUUACAGGAAUCACAGGGUACGAAGAGUAUCCAGCGUCACCCAACGUUGCUGUUUAAAUGUCUAGAGAAGUAUAGGAUCUUUGAAAAAAAAAAAUAUGCUUCUUGAAUGUUCAAUUUUCUGAUCUUUUCUAUGUACUUCUGAAAGACCAGACCAUUUCAUUUGUGUUGAGUAUGUUAAGAUGCAGUAUUAAUAUAUACUCACUUUUGCCA